AUGCCAAUGAAAUGUUGUUUCUACAGGUCACCUGUGACAGAAGCAAUGGCAUGGUCUGAAAAUAUGGACACACUUUUAACAAAUCAAGCUGGUCUAGAAGCUUUUAGAACAUUUCUAAAAUCAGAGUUUAGUGAAGAAAAUGUUGAAUUCUGGCUUGCCUGUGAAGACUUCAAAAAAACAGACAGUGUAGAAAAAAUUGCUUCCAAAGCCAAGAUGAUUUAUUCGGAAUUCAUUGAAGCUGAUGCCCCUAAAGAGAUUAACAUUGACUUCAGUACCAAGGACCUCAUAUCAAAGAAUAUCCAGGCACCAACUCUCAAAUGUUUUGAUGAGGCUCAGAAGCUAAUCUAUAGUCUCAUGGCCAAAGAUUCUUUUCCUCGAUUUCUUAAGUCAGAGAUUUAUAAGAAUCUGAUAAAUAACAAACAGGUUGGAAAUCAUAAAAAGUGGCUACCUUUCUUAUAA